ACUUAUUGUAUCCCCGCUCACACCUGAUAUUCGGAUACCUAUUGAACACACUGUCGCCGCUGUUGUUUACCAUCAACCCAAAUGGUUGCUCAUGUUUACCAUAAUAUGCAAAACCGGCCCAGGCGAAGAACAUAUUCAGAGACUCUAAAGGCGUGCAAGGCUUUACCCGUUGACUGAUCUGUAGGCCAUAAGCAGCUCAGAGUUCAGAUUAAAAACUACCUCAACUUACUCCUUUUCUCAAGUCUACGCUACCCGUUCUAUUCUUUUCCGUGCCCCUUCACUUCGCAGAUGAUAUGCAUCUUAGCAAAGGAUCAUGUGCGCCAGUCUACUUUGGUCCUGAAAUAAUAAGGGAUUCCGCUUUAAAAAAGCUCAAGGCACUGAAGGACCUCAAAUCCAGUCGACAAUGGGUUGACGAUUCUACAAUAUUCUUGAACAGGGACGGCUCUUUCUCACACAGAGUAAUUGAAGAACGAUCUUUCAGAGUAUGUACGCAGAAGGUUUCUCUAUUCAUGGCUAGACUCUUUUCCGCUUCAGGAUCUGAAGCCACAACAGAAGAACAGAGACUGCGUAAUGCUCGACGGCGACUGCUAGUCUCGCUUCUUGCGCAUGCAUGGCUCUGGGGAAGACCCAAAGUGUUAGACAAUAGAGGCAAUCCUGUCGCUUUCGAAGACAGGAGAGUCCUCGCCUCACAGGACAUUUUAAAUUUCCUUGACAGGGUUCGGGCUGGCACGGCGAGUUUUACUCACGAAGAAGUAUGUGGCUUUCUGGUGGACGACGCACAAGAGGUAGCUCUAUACAAGGACAUGUCAAAGUGGAAUUUAAGGGGAGUUAUCGCAUGUCUUAGGUGGGAUAAAGCCCAUAAUCUCCGUGACGGGGGACCAUGGUGCUCUUGCCGGCUCGAGAGAAAAGGACUCCCACCACCUUAUGACGAGGUUUGCCCAACCAAAAUCUCGUUAUGGCGCAGCACAGAGGGGAAAACCUUAGGAUGUGAGGUGGAGAUGCCCAAGGCCUGACGUGUGAAAUAGGAUGGAGUAAAAUGUAGUCAUUAGUCACUCGAGUCUUAUCAUAAGUACCUACCAAACAUAGCUGAUGCCGAGUUCACACCUGCCAUUUGUAGGCCAUAAUGAGAGAGGAAGUCACG